ACUAAAGGACAAGCGUGAAACCCACUCUUGUAAAAAUCAAUCCCUCCUCUUUUAAGCUUUCUUUUCUGUUCACUGCCUCUUGGCUUUCUCCAAUCUCUAUCCCAUUCCCCAUCUAUAGCUCUAUUAGCUAUUCUACACUCUUUUAACACUUACCCAGGUUGAUAGAGAGAGAGGGGUAUCUCAACCAGGUUUUGUUUAUGGAUGUUUUCUUUUGUAUUAUGAGCUAAGGGUGGACUCGAAACCCUCUUCUUCUUGGUGGAAGAAGAUGGCAAUACAACAACAUGAACAGCAAUAUUCACAACAGCAACAAGAACAGAACCAGCCUUCUUUCUUGCUUGAUGCUCUCUACUGUGAAGAAGAGAAAUGGGAAGAGGAUGAAAAUGGUGUUGGGGGAGUUUUACAGGAAGGGAGUUCCAGGGGCUGUAACAUUAAUGGUAGAAACCCGUCUCUUUUUCCACUUUUGUUGUUGGAGCAAGAUUUGUUUUGGGAUGAUGAGGAACUUCUUUCACUCUUCUCUAAAGAAAAACAGCAGCAGGCGGCUCGUCAUCUCAAUCCCAACAACGUGGAAACUGAUGAGUCUCUAGCAGUGGCUCGCCGUGAGGCGGUGGAAUGGAUGCUUAAAGUCAAUGCUCGCUACGGAUUCACCACUCUCACUGCUAUACUUUCGAUUAACUAUCUGGAUAGAUUCCUGGAUAGCUUUAAUUUUCAAAGAGAUAAGCCCUGGAUGAUCCACCUUGUAGCUGUGACUUGCAUCUCUUUGGCAGCGAAAGUUGAAGAGACGCAAGUGCCUCUUCUUCUAGACCUACAAGUUGAGGAGACAAAAUAUGUUUUUGAGGCCAAAACUAUUCAAAGAAUGGAGCUUUUGGUUCUCUCCACUUUGAAAUGGAAGAUGCAUCCAACUACGCCACUUUCAUUUCUUGAUCACAUCAUAAGAAGGCUUGGAUUAAAAAUUCAUCUCCAUUGGGAGUUUCUCAGGAGAUGUGAGCGUCUCCUCCUCUGUGUAAUCUCUGAUUCAAGAUCCGUCCAUUAUCUUCCCUCUGUAUUGGCCACUGCAACAAUGAUGCAUGUUAUAGACCAAGUUGAGCCGUUCAAUCCCAUAGACUACCAAAACCAGCUUUUGAGUAUUCUUAAAAUAAGCAAGGAAAAAGUAAAUGACUGUUACAAAGUCAUUCUUGAUCUAUCAACGAGACAGCAAAAAAAUGCAUACAGUAAUCCUUGUCAUCGGAGCAAGAGGAAGCUCGAGACGGUUCCUAGCAGCCCUACUGGGGUGAUUGAUGCUGUGUUUAGCAGUGAUAGCUCAAACAAUUCUUGGGCUGUGGGGUCGUCAGUCUCAGUGUCCUCAUCACAUGAGCCACACUUUAAGAAGAGCAAAGCCCAAGAACAAGGAAUGCCUUUGCCAUCACUCAACCGAGUCUUUGUUGACAUCGUUGGCAGCCCUUCUUAAUCUCUCUCUCUCUCUCUCCGAAGAAUAUCUAUAUUUAUUAUGCUUAUGUCACCUGUUGGUUCAAGGAAUCGAGUUUCAAGUUCAAAAGUAAAAGAAAAAAAAAAUCUGCUUGGAAUUAGACCAAAUAAAAGACAAAGUGGCUUAGAGAAAAAAGAGAGAUUGAGCAUUGAAGAAUGUAUGCAUUUUGGCACCUCCGUUUUUCCAUCUGCAACUGUCUUUUUCAAAGCAUACUUUAUGUGGACAUAUAUUUUAAUAUUUUACUAUCAUCAUCAUAUAAAAUAAAU